UACAUGCCGGUCGCUAAAUGUUUUAGCAUGAAUUGCAGAGCUUCAGACUUAACCAAAUAUACUUUUUAUUUUUUUUUGUUUUAAACGACAGUUUAUGUAUGUUUUAGUAAUGACGAAAUAUUUCACUGUACAUGUUGAUCAAUAGAGUAUAAGUGUAAAUGAUGGGGGAGGAGACCCAGUCCCUUCACCUGGAUGAGGGACUGUCUAUAAAGGAAGAGGAGUUCAGACAGGCAGAGGGUAAGAUGAACCAAGUGGAGGAUGAAAAACCAGAGGAGGUUGAAGAGGAAGAUGAGGAGGAGGAUGAAGAAGCAUUGCCACACUCUGAAUUCCUGGACAUCUUUGAAGAAGGACUCGCUCGCCUUGUACAGGACCCUCUACUCUGUGACCUUCCCAUUCAGGUGACUCUGGAGGAGGUGAAUUCCCAGGUUGCCCUGGAGUAUGGCCAAGCCAUGACGGUCCGUGUAUGCAAAGCGGAUGGUGAAGUAAUGCCCAUAGUGGUGGUGCAGAAUGCUAUGGUGCUGGAUUUGAAGAAAGCCAUCCAGAGGUUCAUGGAGCUGAAACAGCAACGGGAGGGUGGGGUAAAGCACGUCAGCUGGAGAUACGUAUGGAGAACCUUUCAUCUUGUAUUUCAAGGAGAGAAGCUUGAUGAUGACAAAAUGAAACUAAAGGAUUAUGGGAUCAGAAACAGAGAUGAGGUGACAUUCAUGAAGAGACUGAGGAAGAAGUGAAACGGAGAUUUCACUACCGUGUUGAGUCCUGCCUACUCUGUGAGUUGCCUGCACAGUCCCCGUUGCUUCAACCUGGAGAUGUACAGCAACUAUAUUCAUACACUGACAUGACUCAGUUGAUGUCUAAAAGGUUUUUCAAUGGACAUCUCAAAUGUUUUUUUUACAUGUUGUAGAUAUGAUUGUGUGGAAUGUUUCGUACGGUCUCCAUUUUUUAUUGUUUGGACAUAUUCUCUUGUCCUCUUGUACAGUAAAAUUGUCCCACUUCAAAUAUGAAUAAAGGCUACAGUGCAACCAAAA